CUUCAAGCAGUCAGCGCGCGCGCAGCCUCGACAUGCGCGGGAUCCCUCACGACCAACAUUACCUGUAGCAGUCUCAGCGCAUCUGGGCCGCGUCUUGGCUUCAACGUGACACACUCUGCGGAACUCGCACCAUGUGCGCCGAUCGCAGGUAGCAAUGCUUCGACCUGUCCGGGGCCAGAUCAGGGCCCUGCCAGCAAACAGCCUCGUGCGCCUCGCCAGGCCCCAACAUCUUCAGCCAUGCCCUCGGCAAACCUCUCGACCACCCGCUACAGUUUCCCCGGCACUUUUCCUUCGCUCGUCCCCGAGAUGGCAGUCGACUGCGGCCGCGGUUGUGUCUCAGCCUCAAACAGAUCGCAGCCCUUCCGCACCGCCGCACCUAUCGAGCCUCGCGGUCCCUUCGGAACCUCGGUUCAGUGAGAUUGGUGUCCAGCACCUGAGCUCUCAUGUCUACAACCAAGUCUUUCCCGGCGGCAGCAAACCACCGCCACCAGAGUUGGUAGAGCUAGCCAAGGACCAUCUGCGCCGCCAUGAUCUGCUAGGCAAGAACACGGACAACUCGCCCCCCAUAGGCUUCGACCUUCCACCGCUACAGGGCAAGACCCUCGAUGAGCACUUCUACAAGCUUGGAGUGGAUUGCGCAGAGCCCUUUCUUUCUCAUGCCAAACAGUUUGCCAGGGCGAAUGCGCCCCCCAGGCCGAAGAAAUGGAUCAGGCAAAGUGGCUGGACCAAAUACUACCAAGAUGGUCGCACAGAAGCUGUCCCUGCGCCGGACGAGCAGAUGCUCUGUUUCGAUGUCGAAGUCAUGUGGAAAGAAAGCUCUUUCGCCGUCAUGGCGUGCGCCCUUGGUGCCGAGUCGUGGUAUGCCUGGUUGUCUCCAUGGCUGCUGGGCGAGUCCGACUCUGAUAGACAUUUAAUACCUUUGGGCGACCCCUCCAUCGACCGGGUCAUCGUCGGUCACAAUAUUGGGUACGAUCGCGCGCGCGUGUUGGAGGAAUACAGCCUGCAACAAACACGCAACUCCUUCCUGGACACCAUGUCGCUGCACGUCGCCGUAAAUGGCAUGUGCUCGCAACAAAGGCCGACAUGGAUGAAACAUAAAAAAAGUAGAGAGAUGCGAGAUCGCAUUGCCCAGGAGACUGAUAGCGUCGAGUUGGAGAAUCUCCUUGCUACCGUCAAUGCACGAGAAGAUGAAGAGGAGCUUUGGGUAGAGAGAAGCUCGGUCAACUCCUUACGGGACGUCGCGAAGUUUCAUCUCAAUGUAGCCAUCGACAAGGCCGCCAGAGAUGAGUUUGGCACGCUUGAUCGUGCUGGCGUGCUCGGGAAACUCGACGAGCUUCUCGACUAUUGCGCCGCCGAUGUCGCAAUAACUCACCGCGUCUACAAGAUUGUUUUCCCAAACUUUCUCGAAGUCUGCCCACACCCGGUGAGCUUCGCUGCUCUGAGAAAUCUUUCGUCUGUCAUUCUUCCAGUCGACAGAUCGUGGGACUCCUACAUCGCGAAUGCGGAAGCCACCUACCAUCGUUUGUUGGACGCAGUUACCGAGCGUCUCGUCAAAUUGAAUGAAACGGCCCUUGAGAUCAAGGAUGACGAAAAGAAAUGGAGCACCGAUCCCUGGUUGAAACAGCUGGACUGGUCUGGCCAAGAGAUCAAAAUGGUGAAAGGAAAGAAGAAGGCAGACCCACCGAGACCUGCGGCGCGGCAGAAGAAACCCGGCAUGCCGAAAUGGUACAAAGACUUGUUCGCGAAGAAUGACGCGCCGAUCAACUUGACAGUCCGAACCAGAAUCGCACCCCUUCUCCUUCGUCUCGCAUGGGAUGGGUAUCCCCUCGUCUGGUCCGACAAAUACGGCUGGACCUUCCGCGUGCCCAACUCUGACGCUGCCAAGUAUGCGUCCACACAGCUCGUGCGCUGUGAUCUCUCUGAUGAGCCUAUCGAAUCUCUGCGCGACGACCGUGAUGGUUUCUAUAUCAAACUCCCGCACAAGGAUGGGCCUUCCGCACGAUGCGCCAAUCCCAUGGCGAAAGGAUACCAGUCUUACUUUGAGAAGGGUACUCUCUCCUCGGAGUAUACUUACGCCAAAGAAGCACUGGAUAUGAACGCAUCUUGUUCUUAUUGGAUCAGCGCGCGGGACCGAAUCAUGUCUCAGAUGGUCGUGUACAACAAUGAGAACACUGCUAACAAAGGCAAGGGAAAAAGAAAGAAGGAAGACGAUCAAGGAUUCAUCUUGCCACAGGUCAUCCCCAUGGGCACUAUCACAAGGAGAGCUGUUGAGAACACCUGGCUCACCGCGAGCAACGCCAAGAAGAACCGAGUCGGAUCAGAACUCAAAUCCAUGGUUAAGGCGCCUCCGGGAUAUUCCUUCGUCGGCGCAGAUGUGGAUUCGGAAGAACUGUGGAUUGCCAGCCUCGUUGGCGACGCAACUUUCAAGCUCCACGGGGGCAAUGCCAUUGGCUUCAUGACACUAGAAGGCACGAAAGCCGCAGGCACCGACUUACAUUCCCGGACUGCUUCCAUCCUUGGCAUUACGCGCAACGACGCCAAAGUCUUCAAUUACGGCAGAAUUUAUGGCGCUGGUCUCAAGUUUGCUGCCACACUCUUACGGCAGUUCAACCCCAACUUGUCAGAGCAGGAAACCCUCGAGACUGCCGGCAAGCUUUACGCCAACACCAAGGGUACCAAGACCAACAGGAAGGCCCUAUUCAAGAGGUCGUUCUGGCGUGGUGGCACAGAGUCCUUCGUGUUCAACAAGCUGGAAGAAUUUGCAGAGCACGAGCGACCACGCACGCCGGUUCUUGGCGCCGGUAUCACAGAAGCGCUCAUGGGUCGCUAUAUCAGCAAAGGCGCAUAUCUGACAUCGCGCAUCAACUGGGCCAUCCAGUCGUCUGGUGUUGAUUAUCUCCACCUACUGGUUGUGUCUAUGGACUAUCUAGCUCGGCGUUACAACAUUGAUGCUCGGCUGGCUAUCACUGUGCACGACGAAAUUCGGUACCUUGUCAAGGACCAUGACAAAUAUCGCGCCGCCAUGGCUUUACAGGUGGCAAACUUAUGGACUCGGGCCAUGUUUGCCCAGCAGGUCGGCAUUGACGAUCUCCCACAAUCCUGUGCCUACUUCUCAGCCAUCGACAUUGACCAUGUUCUCCGCAAAGAGGUGGAUAUGGACUGCAUAACCCCAAGCCACACAACACCUAUCCCCCCCGGUGAAAGUCUGGAUAUUGUUCAACUUCUCAACAAGGGCCAGCAGGCGUACUUGGACCCCUCGAUUGUGCCCGCCAGAUUUGCCCCCUCCCUCAACGACAUCAAAUACAAGCCCCGCACGAGCGUCAUGGACACCAUUGGGGGUGAAACCAACUUGGAUGACUUGAGCUUUCUCAAAGCGCAAAUCACGGAUGACGAGAAAGAACUCCGCGACAUUCUCAAGCAGCAGAAGAAGGUCGCUGGCGGAGACAGCAACAGCAGCAGUGGCUCGUCUGGCGGCAGCGGAGCACCAAGAGGCCGGCCUCGCAAGCUUCUGCCAUACAGCUCGCAGGCCAAGCUGGUACCGCACAUGUACGAGCCUUUUGAGCCCGCCAAAUUCAGCAAGCCAAGCGGCCAAUGGACGUUUGAGAGCAUGCCGCCCAAGAUGUGGGGUCCCCGUGGCACUUUCAAGUCUUCUGGCGGUGGAGCGAAGCUCUGAAAUACUCACCACUUGCAACACCAUACUUUGUGUUUUGCGUGUUGCGAACGACCCACGACCACCAUAACUUUACACUUUCCUACGUCUCUCCACGGUUAACUUAUAAUGAUUAGUUCUUGUAUCAACAUGACGAACAUGUAGAAUUCUAGGGUGCGGAUUCAUAUGCUUGGUUAUACAUAACUUGUCGUCUCGGAUGAUGGGCGGAGUUCUGUAGGAACAGGCAUGUACCAACAGGUGGCGGCUUUGAUUAUUUUGGAGGUGGCGCACAGGCUUACUGGCAGAUGACAUCUGCUCGCGGUCUUUGGGUAUGGCUUUCCCCCCUUCGGGAUGACGGCUAGAUAUUUGUACCCGUGUAUCAUAUAGUCCCUGAUGAUACCCACGAAGAGUAGUGAGAAAUGUACUGUUCUACAAGAUGCG